UAUGAAAAAUAUUUUUGAAAUCAUAAAAUAGCAUUUUUAAUUUGAAAUCGAGUAUCAUCUUUCAAAUUCAACUUGUCUCCAUUUCUCAGCAACCUCCGCGUUCUCUCACUUGCAGUCUCUUACUCCUCGCCCACAAUUGAUUCUCGAAUUUCUCCUAUUUCAAUCGACUUGAACUUUUACAAAUAGGGUAGUGUCACACUAGGGAGAUAGAUGGACUCGAAGGAAGCUGGUUCAUUGCUUGAUAAUCUAAUUGUGGCUUUCAAUGGUCGGAUCGCAGAGCUCCAGGAUCUUGUAAUUGCACGAAACAUGUAUCCUGCAAGUUGUCUCCCUGAUUUGUCGGCAGUUGAUGCAUCUUUAAAGGUGAUGGAAUUACAGGUGCAGGCGAUCAAGAACCAGUUACGAGAAGAAGCUGAAGCAAUUCCGAAAGCAAAAAAACUUAUUGAAGCAUCUCUGAAGCAGCAGAAGAGAUUAGAAAGUAUUUCCCUUCAUGUUCCCACUUAUUAUCAGAUUCUGCCCGAGAGAGUUUCUGCGUUGAACUUAAAUACCAGUCUUGGUUCAGAGGCCAAAACAUCUGGUUCUGAAUUGGGCUCCCGAGAGGCUGAGAAUGUGAUUUCAGUCUUACCUAAGGAGAAGAAAGUUUCCUCUCCCCCACUUUGGUACAUAACCAUCGAUGAACUGAAUUCACUAUCCUCAUAUAUGAGAGGAAGGUUAACAGUUGACAAGGUCAAUGCUGCUGUUAAUGACAUGGCAACAUAUGCUGAAGCAAAUGCCCAACUUAUUGGCAUCCCCAAAAAAAAGCUGGCAGAGAACCUUUGGGAAAAGGCCCUGGAGCUAAGAGAUAUUGCAGCAACCGAUGCAGUGAAAGGAAAAUAUUUCUUUCUUGAAACCGACAUGAGAGGACCUUCAUUGAAACUUGACAAUACUGGAAAGGCCAUUCUAACUGUCCUACGUCACGUUGGACGCAUAAGCGAGACUCGGAUUGGACAUCAACGAGUAAUCUUAUUAUUAAAACCAUCAUAAAUAACCUAGGAUUUACUUGGACCCAAGAUUACAAGUCUUGCAUCAAUGAAUUCUAGCCUGUAUGAAGAGAAUCCACUGCACAAUUCCUGCAAUCCAUUUCUCAAGGAUUACUCAGCAGAUGAGUACAACCGAUUGUUUUGGAGAAGAUUAGACAAUCAUAUAACCCAUAAACUGCAUUCAUCUUAUAGAUAAAUUGGUAGAGUGCUGAGUUAUUUGGCCGGUCUUUGAUUAUCAUCAAAGAAAUUCUCUAAUCAAAACGAGAGGCUGUUAUCUCUAUAGUUCAAUCAGUUCUUGCAAUCGGUUGCAAGGAGCUCAUUUCUGCUUAGAUUUUCAACUUGACUUCUUUCAAUUAGGCCAACGCUUUUACCUACAUUCUUAUGCCGUUAAGAUUGGAGUUCUAAGAUACUGUAGUUUUGAAAGCAAAUUCUAAAGAAUAGGUAGUUUUGGCAAAGAGCCAUAACAAACAGAGGCUGCUAUGAAGAUGUUUUUCGUUCAAUAAAUAGUUGACAAAAGUUUGAAUCUAUUUCUUAA